AUGGAGAAGUUCCGGGCUGCCAUGGUUCUGGGAGGACUGGGAGACGCGCUGGGCCUGCGCUGGGAAGCGAACACCUCGGGGACGCGGAUCCAGGAGGAGCUGGCGGCCCUCGGGGGCCUGGAGAAGCUGAAGCUGGAGCCGGAGCACUGGCCCCUCAGCGACGGGGUCCUGAUGCACAUGACCACAGCUGAGGCCCUGGUGACCGAUUACUGGUGUCUGGAGGAUCUGUACCGGGAGCUGGUGCGGCUCUAUGUGGAGGCCAUGGUGUGUCUGCAGGGUCGGGCCCCGGGGCCCAGCACCGCUCAGGGAUGCGCAAACCUCAAGCCCAACAACUUCCUGUUAGCCUGGCACACGCCGUUCAACGAGAAGGGGUCGGGUCACGGAGCGGCGACUAAAGCCAUGUGUGUGGGGAUGCGCUACUGGCAGCCGGAGCGGCUGGACACGCUGGUGGAGGUCAGCGUCGAGACGGGCCGCAUGACCCACAAUCACCCCAUCGGGUUCCUGGGCUCUCUCUGCACCGCUCUCUUCGCUUCAUUCGCUAUCCAGGGCAGACCUCUGCAGAGCUGGGGUCGCGACCUCUUGACCCUGAUUCCCAGAGCCGAGGAAUACUGCAGGAAAACCAUCCGACACAUGGCAGAAUACCAGGAGAAGUGGUUUUACUUCGAGGCCAAGUGGCAGUUUUAUCUGGAGGAGAGAGGGAUCGAAGACGGAGAGAGGAAAGCCACGAUCCCGGAGCGAUACGACGCAGAAGAGACAGACAAGAUGUACAAGCGCUGGAGUUCUGAAGGCUGCCCGGGUCGCAGGGGUCACGACGCCCCCAUGAUCGCGUACGACGCUCUGCUCGGCGCCGGCUCCAGCUGGGACGAGCUGUGUAAGCGGGCCGUGUUCCACGCAGGCGAGGGCAGUGCGACGGGUCUGAUCGCCGGAUCUCUGUUCGGUUUGCUCUACGGAAUCAGUCCGGUUCCAGUCGGACUCUAUCAGGAUCUGGACAAAAGGGAGAAACUGGAGGAUCUGGGAGGCCAGCUGUACCGAGCGGCGUCAGUAGAGAAGUAAAGCUGGACGAGUCUGUCCGUCACACGCCUAGAGUUAAACACACAUGAUUAUACUACACAUGCAGUGUUGGAAAAUAUACUAACGUAAUAAAAGUUAUCUUUCUGCAUGCGGUCCACUAAAUAAUAUUUACAGAUACAACUUUUGAUUUUAUUAAUGUAUUAGUAAAUGCUGAAGUUAAUAAGAUAAAUGCUUUAGAAGUAUUUUCCAUUGUUAGUGAAUUAGUUAACCAAUGUGAACAAAUUAAACCUAACCCAAUCUAAC